AUGAAUUUUGUUGCAGCUUUAGGUGCUAUAUCUGGUGCCUUCAUUAUAUCAAUCAUCAUCUUCAUUUACAGAAGGAUUAGGCAAAAGAGAAAGGAAAGAGUGCAACAAGAGGAGCAAGAUAUUAGAAGGUUUAUGGAUCCCCUCGACUCCAGACCUCCUUCAGUUGCGAACUUUUUACAAGCAGGAAUUCCCAACAAAUAUUCUUAUCGUCAAAUUAAAAGAUACACAAGCAAUUUUGCAGUCAAACUUGGCCAAGGAGGUUUCGGUACAGUAUUUAAAGGUGAACUUGCAAAUGGAUGUAUGGUAGCCGUUAAAAUACUUGAUAAAUCAAAACACAGUCAAAUUCAAUUUUUAAAUGAAGUGGCUACCAUUGGAAGGAUCCACCACUUGCAUCUUGUGCGACUUUUGGGAUAUUGCUUGGAGGGGUCUAAAAGAGCUUUGAUUUAUGAGUACAUGGUCAAUGGUUCCCUUGAAAAAUAUAUCCAUGAAGAUGAUCAAAAUAUAUUGAAUUGGAAUCAGUUGUAUUCCAUUGCAAUGGGCACAGCUCGUGGGAUUGCAUAUCUUCAUGAUGAGUGUGGAAGCAAGAUAUUACAUUGUGACAUAAAACCUCAUAAUGUAUUGUUGGAUGUCAAUUUCUCUCCAAAGGUUGCAGAUUUCGGUUUGGCUAAAUUAACAGAUAGAGAAGAAAGUCAUGUGUCUCUAACAGGUGCUAGAGGAACCCCUGGCUACGUGGCCCCAGAGGUGUGGUCUAGAAACUAUGGACCCGUGACUGACAAAUCAGAUGUGUACAGUUAUGGUAUGUUGAUCGUGGAAAUUGUGGGAGGGAGAAAGAACUUUGACAUGAAAGCUUCCAAAUCCAGCAAAUUUUACUAUCCAGAGUGGGCAUUCAAAUAGGUGGAAAUGGAAGAAUUUCAAAACCUGGGGGGAAAUAAUAUAACAGAAGACGAAGAUGUAAGUAUAGCAAAGAAGUUGAGCAUGUUGGGACUGUGGUGCAUCCAGUACAAUCCUUCUCACCGGCCUUGUAUGAGUAGAGUGAUACAAAUGUUAGAAGGAACUGUUGAUAUCGCCAUGCCCCCUCAGCCCUUUCCUAUCGAUAUACCAGUCCAAACACCAGCUUCUACUGAAUCAUCAUCUAGCAUUUGAUGUUUCAUGAUCACAUGGUCUCAUUCGUGGCAUCCCGUCCAUGUCGCAUUGCUCAUGUUGAUCUCAAUCGUCAGCAUUGGUAGAAAAUCAGGUUAAUGCUGCUAGCUGCUUUCUUGUUUUGUAAUGGUGAAACGCACAUU